AAAAUGCCGACUCAAACGACCACAAUCGAGACGGUGACCGUCGUUCGGCCACUGAAGAUAAUCGCGUUGGUAUGUCUAUUCAUCGCCCUCGUACUGCUCAUCGUGUGUCUGUCGACGACCUGGUGGCUCAGGUCGGGAGGGUUCAGGACGGGUCUAUUCGCCGAGUGUACCGCAGCCACCGAGACCCUGCAGACCAUUCCCGGGGCACCUGCUCCGGGCAAUUGCCAGACACCGCACAGAUACUCUGCGUAUAUAAAAGCAGUGGCCGCGUUGCUUAUAAUCGCCGCCGUGUUGACGUUGUUCGCGUUCGUAUUGAAUAUCUUCGGAUUGAAGGCUAACGACCUGCAACGCAAAUAUUUCUUCUACAAAAUUGCUACUUACCUGUCGUUACUCUCAGUGCUCCUCGAGCUGAUAUCGCUGGUGGUGUUUCCGGUGUGUUUUUAUGUGGAGAUGAAGAAUUUCGGGUAUCGAAAUUGGGAGUUUGAUUGGUCGUAUGGAGUGGCCUGGGGAGGGACGUUGUUCACGUUCGGGGCAUCACUACUGCUCAUUUGCGAUAAAGAACACGAGGAGGUUUACUACAAACAGAAGACCAUCUAUAACCCUCCUCCUGAACUGCAUUGA